AUGGGGGCUGAGUGCUCUGUGCUUGGAGGCUGGGUCAUGUCUGCACCUGCCCAUCGCUUGGCGGAUUGGCAAGGCCUGUGCGUCUGCUCCUGGAAGCUCUGUACAGAGGCGGCAGCCCUGCAGCUGGGGCCCUCAGAGUGGCACUCGCAUGGGAAGGAUCCCCGUCCCCCCAGACUGGGCCCAGAACACAGGAAGUGGCGCUGCCCAGGCCGAGUGGACACCGAAGAGUUAACUGGCGGGCGUGACAGGGCGCACCGCCCUCAGGAAGUGUUACUCACCAGCGGGAAUGCUCCUGCCUUGGGGGCCGAGUCCCAGAAGUACUCAAGGAGCUCCCGCCAUGGAAACCCCUGGGGAGCCAGGAGCAGGGCCUCUCGGAGCCCCCAGCCCUUCGAACGCCUCGCCUGGGCACCUGGAGAGAGAAAAACGUUCCUGGUGCGGAAAUCCAACACUCGCCAGUGCCAAGCUCUGUGCGUCAGGCUGCCGGAGGCCAGUGGCCCUUCCUUCGUGUCCAGCCACUGCAUCGAGGAGAGGCCUGGGGGCGUCUCGUUGGAGGGAUCUGAGCUCGUCUUCCAGGACCUAGUCCAGCUCAUCUGCGCCUACUGCCACACCCGGGACAUCCUACUGCUCCAGCUCCAGCUCCCUAGAGCCAUCCGACAGGCAGCCACCCACAAGGAGCUGGAAGCCAUCUCCCAUUUAGGCGUCGAGUUCUGGAGCUCCUCCCUCAACACCAAGGCUCAGCUAGGCCCCUCUGAAGGCCCAGUGCUGCCCCGGCUGAAGCCCCGGUCCCCACAGGAGCUGGACCAGGGCACCGGGGCCGCCCUGUGCUUCUUCAACCCCCUGUUCCCAGGGGAUCUGGGCCCCACCAAGCGGGAGAAAUUCAAGAGGAGUUUCAAAGUGCGUGUGUCCACAGAGACCUCCGGCCCCCUGUCUCCACCCGCUGUGCCACCUCCCCCGGUCCCAGUGCCGCCAGGGGCAGCCCCCAGCCAGACAGAAAGGAUGCCCCCUCGACAGCUGCUGAGGAGGGAGAGCUCAGUGGGGUACCGUGUGCCCGGGGGAGCCAGCCCCAGCCUCCCUCCCCUACCCUCCCUCCAGGAGGUGGACUGCGGCUCCCCCAGCAGCUCCGAGGAGGAGGAGGGCAUGCAGGGGCGUCAGGGGAGUCCAGCAACCUCACCCCGCCUGAGUCUCAGGAGUCGCAGGCGGCCUUUGCUUCGGUCCAUGAGCUCUGCCUUCUGCUCUCUGCUGGCACCCGAGCGGCAGGUGGGCCGGGCGGCCUCGGCGCUGAUGCAGGACCGCCACACGGCUGUGGGCCAGCUGGUCCAGGACCUGCUGACCCAGGUGCGGGCCGGCCCGGAGCCCCAGGAGCUGCAGGGCAUCCGUGAGGCACUGAGCAGGGCCCAGGCCAUGCUGAGCGCCGAGCUGGGCCCUGAGAAGCUGCUGCCCCCUAAUAGACUGGAACGCGUCCUGGAGAAGUCUCUGCAUCGCUCGGUGCUCAAGCCUCUCCGGCCCAUCCUGGUGGCCCGACUGCGGCACAGGCUUUCCGCCGAUGGCUCCCUGGGCCACCUGGCUGAAGGCUUCCGCCUGGCCCGGGCCCAGGGCCCUGCGGCCUUCGGGUCCCGCCUGAGCCUGCCCUCCCCGGUGGAGACGGAGCAGGUGCGCCAGAAGCUGCUGCAGUUACUCCGCACCUACUCACCCAACGCCCAGGUCAAGCGGCUCCUGCAGGCCUGCAAGCUGCUCUACACAGUCCUGAGGACCCACCUGGGAGAGGGCGCGGGGGCCGACGAGUUCCUCCCGCUGCUGAGCCUGGUCCUGGCCCACUGCGACCUUCCUGAGCUGCUGCUGGAGGCCGAGUACAUGUCAGAGCUGCUGGAGCCCACCCUGCUCACCGGCGAGGGCGGCUACUACCUGACCAGCCUCUCCGCCAGCCUGGCCCUGCUGAGCGGCUUGGGCCAGGCCCACACGCUCCCCCUGAGCCCCGCACAGGAGCUGCAGCGCUCCCUCAGCCUCUGGGAACAGCGCCGCCUGCCCGCCACCCACAGCUUCCAGCGUCUCCUCCGAGUAGCCUACCAGGACCCCAGCAGUGGCUGUACCUCCAAGACCCUGGCCGUGCCCCCAGGGGCCUCGAUCGCCACCCUGAACCAGCUCUGUGCCACCAAGUUCCGAGUGACCCAGCCUGGCGCUUUCGGCCUCUUCCUGUACAAGGAGCAGGACUAUCACCGCCUGCCCCCCGGAGCCCUGGUCCACAGGCUGCCCACAACUGGCUACCUCGUCUACCGCCGCCAGGCAGAGUGGCCCGAGACACUGGGGGCCUCGCUUGGGGGUGCAACGGAGGAGGGCAGCGGGGAGCCAGAGGCAGGAGGCAGGGAGGAGAAAGGGGGCAGGGAGAUGGGGAUACUGAGGUCAGAGCCAGUCCCUGUGGCAACUGCUAAGCAGGAGGAGAGUCAGGCCAGCGGAGGCCCUGCUGAGCCGAGGGCGCUGGAGGCUGAGGGGGGCCAGGCAGCAGAGGAGUAGCUGGGAGUGGCCAGAGCGGCAUUUGGGGCCGAAAACUCUGAGCCUGCUGGGAAGGCCUUUCAGAGCCCAUGCUCCCCCGAGCCCUCAGCCUCUGGGAGCAGUGCAGCCUGCCACGCCUCUGAUCAUUAUCUCUGACCAUACCUGCUGGGGGAGCGCCUGGACUGGCUACAUCUGCGGCAGUGGAGUAAAGUUGAGGGGCAUGGGGGACCCCAGACCAAGGGCCCGAGGGCCUGUGCCUCUUACGCUUCUGCCUAGCUGGAGGCCGGCAGCCCCUCCAAGCUGGGGGCUUCAAGGCCGUGAACGGAUCCACCUCCCCCCCGUCCUUGUCUGGAUGAUUCAAAGAGGCAGCCAGGCGCUCGGGCAGGUCCUGCUCCAGGCCACCUGGAGACCUGCACCUCCAAACCGCAGUGCCCUCACCCGUAAAGUGGGGGUGCAAUGCCAUCCUGUCUUCUCCCAGAAACCUUCCAGGCGUCCAGAUGGAUGGUUUUCCUGCAGAGGAGAACUCAGACCCUGGGAAAGGGAGGGAAGGAGGUGGGAUGUCAGCUCCCCCACCCCUCCAAGGGUCAAGGGUCGUUCGCUGCACUUGCCAAGGCCGACGUCCUCCCGUCAGCCCGUGGAGACCCCAGAGGGCAGGUCCCCCUGGAGCAGCUCCCAAGUUCCAGUCUUUCCCCGCGAUGGGCCGACCUCCGGGCCCUCUGGCAUCCCAGGGGAUGGGGGAGCGGGAGCUUGGAAACCAUUUUCUCUGCACUUAACUCUUGGACUCACAAGAGCUUUACG